GUACAAUCAGUCCUGGACUAAACAAAUCCGUCACCAAGGCGGAAAGCUGUGGUUGAAGUUGUGCACCAUGUUGAGAACCAAAAGUGGAUUUGCCGCCAAGCCUCUUUUUUUUUUUUUACCUUUGAGAACAAGUUCUCAUUUGGCGACCUGACCAAGAUAAAGCAAAGCAGUGUGACAAAAACAACAACAAAGUUACACAUAAACAAAUGUACAGUCAAUAACACAAUAGAAAAAUCUAUGUACAGUGUGUGCAAAUGUAGAAGAUUAGGGAGGUAAGACAAUAAAUAGGCCAUAGAGGUGAAAUAAUUACAAUUUAGCAUUAACACUGGAAUGAUAGAUGUGCAAGUAGAGAUACUGGGGUGCAAAAGAGAGGGUAAAUAAUAAUAUGGGGAUGAGGUAGUUGGGUGUGCUAUUUACAUAUUGGCUGUGUACAGGUACAGUGAUCGGUAAGCUGCUCUGACAGUUGAUGCUUAAAGUUAGAGGGGGAGAUAUAAGACUCUAGCUUCAGUGAUUUUUGCAAUUUGUUCAAGUCAUUGGCAGCAGAGAACUGUAAGGAAAGGCGGCCAAAGGAAGUGUUGGCUUUGGGGAUGACCAGUGAAAUGUACCUGCUAGAGCGCGUGCUAUGGGUGGGUGUUGCUAUGGUGACCAGUGAGCUGAGAUAAGGCGGGGCUUUACCUAGCAAAGACUUAUAGAUGACCUGGAGCCAGUGGGUUUGGCAACGAAUAUGUAGUGAGGGCCAGCCAACAAGAGCAUACAGGUCGCAGUGUUGGGUGGUAUAUGGGGCUUUGGUGACAAAACGGAUGGCACUGUGAUAGACUACAUCCAGGUUGCUGAGUAGAGUGUUGGAGGCUAUUCUGUAAAUAACAUCGCCAAAGUCGAGGUUCGGUAGGAUAGUAAGUUUUACGAGGGUAUGUUUGGCAGCAUGAGUGAAGGAGGCUUUGUUGCGAAAUAGGAAGCCGAUUCUAGAUUUAAUUUAGGAUUGGAUAUGCUUAAUGGGAGUGGAAGGAGAGUUUACAGUCUAACCAGACACUUAGGUAUUUGUAGUUGUCCACAUAUUCUAGGUCCGAACCGUCCAGAGUAGUGAUGCUAGUCGGGCGGGAGGGUGCGGGCAGCAAUCGGUUGAAGAGCAUGCACUUAGUUUUACCAACUGCAUUUAAAAGCAGUUGGAGGCCACGGAAAAAGUGUUGUAUGGCGUUGAAGCUCGUUUGGAGGUUUGUUAACACAGUGUCCAAAGAAGGGCCAGAUGUAUACAGAAUGGUGUUGUCUGUGUGAAGGUGGAUCAGAUCAUCACCAGCAGCAAGAGCAACAUCAUUGAUAUAUACAGAGAAAAGUCGGCCCGAGAAUUGAACCCUGUGGCACCCCCAUAGACUGCCAGAGGUCCGGACAACAGGCCCUCUGAUUUGACGCACUGAACUCUAUCUGAGAAGUAGUUGGUGAGGCAGUCAUUUGAGAAGCCCAGGCUAUUGAGUCUGCUGAUAAGAAUGCGGUGAUUGACAGAGACGAAAGCCUUGGCCAGGUCGAUGAAGACGGCUGCACAGUACUGUCUUUUAUCGAUGGCGGUUAUGAUAUCAGAUUUCUUAGUGGAGAACGUACGGUGGGAUUCGAAAUGGUCGUUGAUCUGUUUAUCUUGGCUUUCGAAGACCUUAGAAAGCCAGGGCAGGAUGGAUAUAGGUCUAACAGUUUGGGUCCACUUGCAAAAGCUGAGUUAAUCCAAGGUGGCUAUAUUAUUCAUUACUACAUUGAUUUAAUCAACAGGGUUUGUGUUCUAAUUGCUUAGUCAUGUUCUUUGAUACAGGCUCCAGACGUCUACAGCUCUGCUUCUGGUCGUUCCUGUUACACAGGGUGAUGCAGCUCGCUCAACUCUCACUCCUUUUGCAAGCUGGCUCAUUCUGUAUAUUUUGUACCCUUUUUCUAUUUUCUUCUGAUUGUUCCAUCUCUGUGGUUGCAGUCGGUUUUGUGUUUGUCUGGUGACAUUUCAGGGUCAUUUGACAAGCUGAUCUCUGCGAGUGUUUGUCUGCAGUGUUGUGAGUGGAUGUGAUUGUAUCAACAGAAGGAAGCUGAUACUGAUCAAAUGGCUGAAAUCACUGCAUUACCAAACAGAGGCUUUCGUUUAUCUCUCACGAAUUUAAAUUGUGUGGCAAUUCCUUGUCUGUGGCAACAGUGGGUAGUUACGACCUGGGUCUGUGGUAAGUGUGUAGUAAUGGCCUUGUGUUCCAAUCCAAAUACUGUAGGUCAAGUCUUCUACACCCCUGACCUUUUAGAUGACCUGACUCACUCCAUUGUUACCUGGCGUCACAGCAUUAGAAGCCGUAAUGGCACAAUGUCAGAGGCGAUUUUCCUCAAGGAACCAUUCUAGGGAUGAAUAAAGGAAAUGCUUGCACAAACACAGCUUGGCGGUUUCCAAAAAAUUUGCUUUAAUUUGAAGCGCCACAAAACCACCGCUAAUAAGCCUUGUUGUAAGCACUGCAAGUACACUUAUAGCAGUCUUUGUGCAUAACUAGACCAUAUUAUGCACCCAUUUUCUUUUAUUAAUAGAACUGGGUUUGCCUGGCAGGAAGGAAGUGGGAGUGACGGUUGACAUUGUCAUGGAGGACGCCACAUAAAUCAUAUGAAAGCACUUGAUCUUGGAUACAAUCAAGCUAUUUUAAGUAGCUUUCAAUGGGAACAGUAACAGUCUCCUAACAGCAGUGUGUUUGGCUGCAAGGUUUGUGUGUAUGUAUAUGAAAUGUCUAUCAGCCUUCAGGAAAGGAGAAGUGAAGAUCAUAAAGUCCACGCCACAUCAACCAGGUUAAAGGACACCCCACCCAUUAGUCCCUAGAGUACGUGUCUAGCUGUCUGUUUCGUGUUUAGUUUUUUUGUCUUCAUGAAUGUCUGUGUUCAAGUGCUUGCAGAUGUUUACUUGUAAUCCUGUAGAGACCAUGUAGCCAGAGCAGACUAUUAGAGCAAAACCUAACAAAGUUUCUUUUCAAAAACUUGAUGAGAGGUAGUGUAUUACUGAUACUGAAAUAUCGCAUCUCAGUUCCUUGUUGACAUCACAGGGUUAGAUGAGAGGAUGUGAGUCCGUGUUUGUGUUCUGUGCAGAUGAGAGCAAGGGAGAAAGAGACAGCACCCAGCUAGCACAUUUGGGUCCUUGGAGGUUGUGGGAAUGUGCAUUUUUGGUUUCCCAAUUGGUUUUGGGAACAAAGCCAUAAGUAUCCUAUACGUUUUUUUUUUUUUUUUUUUUAAUGUUCUGAGAACGGAAGUUAACAUUUUAGCCUAUUCUGGGAACAUUGCAGGGAGGUUUCUGGGAGUGUUUUACUCUGGUUCCUUCAAAGUUCUUUCUUUACACCUUGACCAAACCGUCUUCGUUGCAUUGGGGGCCAUCGUGCGCAUGUUGAUUUUAACUAUCCCCACCAGAUGCGUUCAUGAUAUGCAGGUUAAAAUACCAAUUAAUUUGACAGCUCAAAACACAGAUGAAACUGUUGCUAGCUAAUUUGUCCUGGGAGAUUAAAUGCUUAUGGUCCUUUUUUCUGCCCAUUUUGAGUCCUACAAAAAAAAUGGGUUUUCUACUCUGACAAUUAAUCCACCCAUAAGAUGGGAAACCUAGUUAGAUUUGAGUAAGAUUUCUCUCGUUGAAGCUUUCUUUUUCUUCUUUGGAUUUUAAAUUGGCAACCAACUUUAAUGUGUGUUACUUCCAACUGGACUGGAAUGUGGACCUCGUUCGUCUUUCACCCACGUUAAUUAGUAUUCUCUUAAAAACCCAUGAGUAGAUGGGAGUGGUGGCGCGUUUAGCGUCUAAAAUAGAGCCAAGUUCUAUUUUAGCGCUGGCUACGCAGACGCACGUGAGCAGUUGGGAUGAAAUGAUUGAAUAACAUGUAUAUGUACAUUUAUUUUGCACGCAUCGCGGCUGGUUUAGUCACCAGCUUAAAAGUUUCAAUAAGACUUUUAACACUACUAGCUUGUUUUGGGUAAACUUAUUUUUUUUACUCCAAGCAGAUAGGACACAUGGAAAUUAAUGUCCUUAGGCUUUAAUCAUGCAAACACUUUUUUUUUUUAUGACACAGCAUCUGUGAAAUUCGAAGUUAUGAUCUAAUGUUCUCUAUCCGUGGAAUUAGUCCACUGCGCCACCAGGUUGGAGCUAGCGUGCCAUAUUUCUUUACAUAUACAAAGCAACAUUCUCAGAAAUUUGUAGGAAGGUUGUAUGCAAAAUAACCAUUGGACAACUGACAGCAGUGGAAAGUGUGGGUGACUGACUCACCACAGCACUGAUGCUGUUUGUGAGUAUGUGAGUGAGUGGUCAGGUUCAUUCUAGUGGGCCGGGUGAUAACACAGCACCAGAUAAGUCUGGACUCCCAUCUGCGUUCAGAAAUAGUCACCUCCCAACUGCUGGGCAUUAUUGGCUCCUGCAGGAGAAGCAGGGAGGCUGUGUGUCUGAGAGGAGACAGAGACAUGAGGGAGGGGUUGGGGGAGGGUAGCCUGCUGGGUCAAAGUGGCUGAACAUUCAGAGGUGCAAAUGUCUUGCUUUCACCUUUUUCUAAAACCACUUGUAAACCAUUCAGUUUAUUUUACCAUCAAUUUGAACAUCGUGUUCUUGGUGUCACCUUUUUGGUCAAUUAGGGAUGUGUGGUUUGCACACACAGCAAAAAGGCUGUAAAUGAUCUCACAAAACAGGCCUAUCGUGUGUACAUACCACCUAAGCAGUUUUGUUAUGCAUACAUUGAGAGAACACAACAAACGGAAUAUCUCCAUGUUCUCUCUGGAAGCUGUGCUGAGUGAUAUUCAAACCAGAAUCAACCAACCUGUCUACUGCUUCUAUGGGUUCACUUAGUCAGGAUCUUAGAGGCGGGCGCCAAAUGGGCCGGUGUUGCGUCGCCUAUGACGUCAUAACCGUAGCACGCUCAGUGGUUUCGACAGCCAAUAAAACGAGCUGAAAGCACUCUAUUCCUCGACAAUCAAACUCGUACAUAACCAAGUGAUGGUCAAGUUCAAGACUGGACAAAGAACAGGAUGUCGGUGACCAAUUCAAGAACAUAGGCGACUUUAGAGAUACCGCGAGGGACAAGAGUGUCGUCGGGUAUACUGUUUGUGGACAUACAUUCUUACUGAUCCCAUGUUAUUGGUUGAUAGUGUUCUAGGAACCCUCUGUUGACAGCACGGAACAUUGAAGAAGCCCCGCCUUGUGUUUUCCGACCAGCCUCGUCGUGAACGAGAGACCGAAAGGUGCAAAAGAGAGGGAUUUUGGUGCCACUCAUCUCAGUAAGAGGUUGUGUCAAAGCCAAUCAUGAACUGCUUUGGCUCUCCCCCAGGCGAGGACGUCCCCCCCCCACGUUCCAGACGCUCCGCAAACAACAUGGCCGCCAACUCAGCAACACCCCCCUCUGACAGGCGCUUCCUCAUCUUCUUCGACUUUGACGAGACCAUUGUGAAUGAGAGCAGUGAUGAUGUGGUGGUGCAGGCAGCCCCGGGGCAGAACCUCCCCUCCUGGCUGAAGGACACCUACCGACCGGGCCACUACAACGAGUACAUGCACCGCGUGCUGGCCUACAUGGCAGAGAAGGGCGUGACCGAGAGCGCCAUCCGCUCCGUCAUCGAGAAGAUCCCCGCCUCUCCCGGCAUGCUGGCCCUGUUCCAGUUCCUUCGCCACCGCCCCCCGCAGGACUUUGAGGUGGUUCUGGUGUCUGAUGCCAACACUUUCUUCAUCGAGUCCUGGCUCCGCCGCGUUGGGGCCCGCCAGCUCUUCGUCAAGAUCUUCACCAACCCUGCCACCUUCGACAAGUAUGGCCGGCUGGUGCUGCGCCCCUUCCACUCCCACAGCUGCCUGCGCUGCCCGGAGAACAUGUGCAAGCAGGUGAUCUUGAGGGACUAUGUGAUGCGGCGGACGCAGGAGCGUGGGCGGCCGUUCCAGAGGGUAUUCUACGUGGGCGAUGGGGCCAACGACUUCUGCCCGUCUCUGAUCCUGGGCCCCCGGGACACGGCGUUUGCCCGGCGGGACUACCCCAUGCACCGGCUGAUCACUGAAAUCCACGAGGCCAGGCCGGGGGAGUUCAAGGCUGUUACUGUGCCCUGGGCCAGUGGGGAUGAUGUGGUGGAGCGACUCAGGAGGCACGCAGAGGAGAAAUGAUGAAGCUAGGGGGUGGGAGGGGGGUACACCGCCUGCUCACACACAUACACAAAUACUCAGACACACACGGCAAAUCACAUUCCCAGAUCAAAUUCCCACAAAACCACAUACUGACACACAAUGAAAAACCACUCUACCCUCAAGAAUAGAGCAGUCAAUUGAACCGGCUUUCGAUAUAUUGCCUGCGACAGUGUCGCACUUCCGCUCAGUCCAUCUGUCUUACUCGGACUCAGCCAUAGAUAGAGCUAGAGAUACUGUAGUCUUUCAGUGCACCUCCUCACACUCUUAAAGUCAAUCAGAAACACCAACCCAGGAAAAGCAUCAACUCUGUUAUUACAGAUCUAUGCCUUAGUUGAUACCCUACCAAAUCAGGGCAGUAUUGUCAGUCAAUCUUUUAGAGGGAUUGAUCCUCUGAUGCUGGAUUGAGAGGGAAGAGGAACAAACAUCGACUGAAUAGGGUGUUCUGCAGUGAUACAUUAAGGACUGAUGUAUUACCUAUAUUCCUUUGUUGUCACUGAGCUGUAUUGGUUUAUUACAGUUAUCAAUUGCUAACAAGCGUCUGUCAAUACUGAAGCCACUUUUUCAAAACUCUUCAUACAGUCUGCAUUACCGACAUGCAUCUUGGCCAAACAGUCAAUCUCACCUCAAACCACUUCAUACAUGUCUCAAAAUGAGCUCGUUCGACCAUAACUCUGGCAACAAUUCUCACUCAGAAAGCAUACAUCGUCACUCAAAACACACUGACCUAAAACACACUUAACAGGGAGCAUUACAUAAAUGUACUUCUCUUUUGAAGUUAGAAUGAUUUUCCACAUAAAUCACUAUUUCAUUAUAGAAUAACACCUUCACUUUAUUGACUGUACUAAAGUAUGUGUAACAUGAAUCAGAAAUGCAACAAUUGGCAAGGCUAUUAAGCCUUUAUUUUUUUUUAUGUCUUCACAUAUAGUAAUUUACUUGUGAAGAAUAAAGUUGAAACAAAAAAACAAGUUCCUGAAAUUCCAGGGCUGCAAUAAUAAUAAAAUAAAAUAAAUCUAUAGUAUAAUCCCUCAUACUGUACUGUGAGGGUUCUAGUUCUCCCUCUCUCCUGCAUUUGGCCACAAGUUCUCAACAUCACAUCUUAAAUCUUCUCUGGCAAAGCAUCUUGGAAAGUGUCUUCUGGAAUGUCUAAUCCAACCCUGCCAGUCUUCGGGAGAAGUGUCUCCACACCUCGCAUUCAUGGCAUCCAGUAAGGACAUCUGGUCAUGUGGAUGGUGGUCAUAAACCUUCCACCUCCACGCAGAGUAAAACUCCUCUAUGGGGUUUAGGAAGGGGGAAUAUGGAGGCAGGAAUAGUACUGACAUCCUGGGAUGUGCAGCAAACCAGUCUGUGACUGCAGCAAAGUGGUGGAAUGCCACAUUAUCCCACACAACAACGAAGGUAGGGGAGUUUCUUGCCCUUCUCGCCGCCGCUGGCACAAGUCGAUUAUGCAGAUUCAUCCAGAAAAUAAAUGAGCCUCUGUAUUGGAGGGGCCAAUGAGUGGUUUGUGUAACAGCAAACCAUCAUUGGGCAGGGCAGUGCUGCACACAUUGAUGUUAGCUCCUCUCUGGCCUGGGACAUCCACGGUUGCUGUCUGUCCAAUCACAUUUCUUCCCCUGCGUCGUGCUUUUGCCAGAUUGAAUCCAGCUUCAUCCACAAAGAUGAAUGUAUGUGCGGUUUGCCUGGCUUCCAUCUCCCUUAAUCUUAAAUACAGUAAAUCCACAGUUUUACAGUACUUUAUAUUAUGCACAGCUGUGUCUGUAACCUGUUUGGUUAUUGGACAGACAUCUUACCGGGACAUAUUGAUACCAGAGUUCUUUCACACAUUCAGUUUCUCUCAAAUGGUACAGUGUACAACUGCUUCAUCCUUGUUUUAUGUUUCUCUAUGACUCUGGCAAUUAUCGUUGUGCUGACCGUAUUCACAUUACCAACAGUAAUAUUGUCUGCCAGCACUCUCUCCUGAAUUUCCCACAGUUUUAUUGCAUUGUUGCCAGUCACCAUGUCAACAAUGGCAAUUUACUGCACAUCUGAUAAUAUUCUGCCUCUCCUGUGGGAGGCAACCCUUGGAUCCUACUGAAAAACACAAAACAAAUCAAUAUAUUUCAAAAUGUCAGUACAUGUAAAAAUGUAAACAUACUGUAUUGUACUGUAAUAUGUAGUUCAAUUAUCAUUGAAGGAUGCACAUCUCACCUGUUCUGCAGGAAAAUGUGUACUAUUGAUGCAACUGUUGAACGCUGCAGAUUUGGUUGCAUCAUUAAACCGGCCUCUCAAAGAAAGACCAUGGUUUACAACAUGGGUAAUAAUUGUGGCCCUUAUCUAAUCAGAGACCACCGCUCUUGGUCUUCCUCUCCUUUGUCCUCCACACAUUCUCCCUCUCCCUGCCACUCUUCUUUCCCCACCAACCUGUCUUCCUUGAUCCAUGUUUCCAAACUAAAUCGUUCCGAAGCCGUCCUCUUUUGUCUGUUUGGUAACGAGACUAAAAACAGGACACGUGGGUAGGCUUUCAGCUGAAAUUGCAAUCAGCUGUGUUUGGAAUGAUUCAAUAUUCUGCUGAGAUGUUCUAUGUUUCAAUCUGGCUACUGCAGAAAUGCAUGACAUUUGCCAUCAUUCUGUUUUGAAUGUGUUUUUAACAGUUUUGGGAACAGUGUGUUAGCAUUUGAAAACAUGCUGCAAAUAUAUAGUUUUGCAGGUGGUGGAGUAUGAAUGGAUGCAUUUUGUGUGAAAGCAAUGAGAAAUGAUUCACAGUUUGGUCCACAUACACUUCUGUUUCGCUGACUGUGUGAAGAGUUUUGACAAUGUGACUUCAGUUUUGACCAAUGCAUGAUAGCAAUUGAAAAAAACUAUUAACAGUCAAACUGGGUCAGUGGGGCAGCAGAUCUGGUUAGUUAAUGUCCCGUUCUCUGACUAUAGCCCUCGCCAGUCCACCCAAUGGCAUUGUCGAUGCUAAAUGAAUGGGUGGCUAUUCCAGUGUAAUUCUUAAAUGUUAUAUUAUCAAUAAUAAAUGGUGUUUACUUGUUUAACAGUGCUCUUUGUGAAAUAGGGAAUUGAUGGCUGAUCAGGGAAAAUGUAAAUGUGAUAACAUCGCCAUCUACUGGCAGACUUACAGAUUGUAAAUGGAGGCCAGUUUAAAAGUUUUGGAAAAUAAAUUGAAAUGGAAUAGAAAAUGUACUGUACCAUAUGACAUAGCUAUAUAACUAAAUAUUGUCGUUUUUAAAACAUAUGUAUGUAUUAUUAUUAUUAUUUGUGCAUGUCUUUUUAAUUUGUACCACGUACUUGUACCUACAUGUUCCACCACCAGCAGGAAUAUAAAGCCAUGAACUAAA